CGAGCCGGCUGCCCAGAAGCCGGUGAAUGCCUUCCACAAGAAGGAUGGGGAGGCGCCCUCCCAGGCUGGUGAUGUUGUUGGAAUCGGGGGCUCUCAGGACGAUGCGGCCAUCAAGAAGAAAAGGGCCGAAAAGGGGGUUGAGCCCCCAGCUAAGAAGCAGAAGGCCGUGGACUCUGGCAAACAGCCUGUUACUGACGAGGUCAUCGUUAUGGAUGACGUGGGUGCCCUCGCUCCUAUACCCCGGGAACAUGUUAAUAGAGACAUCUUUGGUCGGGAGACGCUGGAGGCAAUUGUACCGAAUAGGGCCUCUAUCCUGGAAGGUAGCCUCAACCCUUCGGUGUUGAUGAGCCAGGUGAUGCCUUCAGCUGACAGGCUGGCCCUCGCCCGAAUGAAUGAUGAGGGUCUCAACUCAAGGAUCCUCCAGAAUAGCGCCUCCGUUUAUAUGGGUCUCUGUGAGCACUUCCGUAGGAUGGAGCAGCUUAGGAGGGAGAAGGCCGCCGACGAUGAGGAGAAGGCCAACCUCCUGAAAAAGCUGGCCGAUCUUGAGGAAACCCUUCGGGCUGCAACGGAGGGUGUUGACCGGCGGGUGGAGGCUGCCAAGGGCAAAGGCAGGGCCGAAUCUGAGAAAGUCACUGGGGAAGCCGCCCAAGCCACCGAUGUAGUUGCUGAGAAGGCAAAAAACGAGGCGGUUGCUCUGGUCGAGAGGUCUGCUGUUGAUGCCUUUAGUGCCAGUGGCUGGGAGGUUGAGGAUAGGGAAGAAUGGGUCUUCUCGGUGGUGCACAAGAAGAUAGAUGCCUGGGUUGAAAGCCCCAGUAAGAUGUGGUUGGCCGAGAGAGGCGACAGCUACUACCAAGGGGGUGAGUUCUUCACCCAACGUUUGAUUUAUCGUAGGCUGGCCUGACACUUCAACAUCCCCCUGGAGUAAUUCGAUCUUGAGGCGUAUGGUCUUCCCCCUACAGCCAGAUGUGAGAGUCCCCCUUCCCCCGGGCGAAGAGAGGCCAGUGCUCGAUGAUUCUGAGAAGACUAAGGAGUCCGGCGAUGGUGACGCCGACGAGGCCAACGGCGAAGAGGUCACCUCCAAAG